GCGCCCGACCGCCUUCGCCCUCGCCCGGCCCCGGCCGCACCCCCGCCCGCGCCCGCGCCCGCCCGCGCCCCCGGCCCCGGCCCCGGGCAGCGGCCCCCGGCCCCGCGUGGCGGCGCGGCGCGGGCGGCAGCAUGGUGGAGAAGCGCUGCCCGCUGCAGAGGGACGGCGUGUACCGCUGGUUCUCGGAGCUGCCGUCGCCGCAGCGCGUGGAGUUCCUGUGCGGCCUGCUGGACCUGUGCAUCCCGCUCGAGCUGCGCUUCCUCGGCUCGUGCCUGGAGGACCUGGCCCGCAAGGACUACCACUCGCUGCGCGACUCGGAGAUCAAGGCCAACAACCCGGCCGACUUGGGCAGCCUCACCAACCUGACGGACGAGGUGGUGCGCAGCAAGCUGCUGGUGUCGCUGGCGCUGCUGGGCUCGGAGCAGCGCGAGGCGGCGGGCGUGCUGUACCGCACGCUCACGCACAUCGACUCCAUCAUCCACAACUACGGGCUUCAGCUCAACGAGGGCCGCACGGGCGAUGAGUUUCUGCUGCUCUUCACCAUGGCCUCCAACCACCCGGCCUUCAGCUUCCACCAGAAGCAGGUGCUGCGCCAGGAGCUCACGCAGAUCCAGAGCAGCCUGAGCGGCGGCGGCGGCGGCCCCGGGGGCAAGAGCGCGCUGCCCACCUGCCCGGCCUGCCACAAGGUCACGCCCAGGACAGAGCCCCCCGUCAGCAGCGUGGGCAACAGCCUGGAGAACGCCCUGCACACAUCCACACAUUCCACUGAGGGGUCGCUGCCCAAGAGGCCUGGAGGGAAACUGUCCAGAGUGAGUGUUGAAAAGAUAGACCUGAAGGGAUUAUCACACAAAAAAAAUGAAAGAAAUGUUGAAUGUUCCUUUGAGGUCUUGUGGUCUGAUUCUUCAAUCACAUCAGUAACCAAAUCUUCCUCUGAAGUGACUGAAUUUAUUUCAAAGUUGUCUCAGCUGUAUCCUGAAGAAAAUUUGGAGAAAUUCAUUCCUUGCUUAGCUGGCCCAGAUUCCUUUUAUGUAGAGCGAAACCACAUGGAUCUGGAAGCGGACCUGAGGUAUUUGGCUUCAUUACCUUCUCAUGUGUUAAAAAAUGACCAUGUUAAGAAAUUUUUCAGCACUUCUUCUCCCACCCAACAGCUUCAAAGUCCAAGUCCUGGCAACCCUUCCCUUUCUAAAGUCGGCACCAUGAUGGGCGUGUCUGGAAGGCCUGUGUGUGGAGUGGCCGGCAUCCCGUCCUCUCAGGGCAGCGCCCAGCACCACGUGCAGCACUCGGCCAGCGCGGCCGCCUUGCCCCACUGCUCGCACUCAGGGGGCGCAGGCUCGGCUCUGGCCUACCGGACCCCGAUGGACAGCUCGCCCACCAUCCUGAUGCCGUCCAGCCUGCAGGCCCCUCAGACCCAGGAGCAAAACGGGAUUUUAGACUGGCUUCGGAAACUGCGUUUGCACAAGUAUUACCCUGUCUUUAAACAGCUCACGAUGGAGAAGUUUCUGAGCCUUACGGAAGAAGAUCUAAAUAAAUUUGAAUCCCUCACCAUGGGAGCAAAGAAAAAACUGAAGACUCAACUGGAGCUGGAGAAGGAGAAGUCAGAGAAACGGUGCCUGAACCCCUCGGCCCCUGCCCCGGUCAGCAGCAGCGGGGUGGCCCGCGUGCCCCCCACCAGCCACGUGGGGCCCGUACAGACGGUGCGAGGCAGCCAUGCUGCAGCGCUGCGGGUGGAGGUGGAGCAGCCCCCUCACCAGACGGCCCGGGAAGGCAGCUCCUCCGAGUGCUCCAGCUCCUCGCCCAGCCCAAUGGGCGUGCAGGCCCGGGAAGAGAGCUCAGACAGCGCGGAAGAGAACGACAGACGUGUGGAGAUCCACUUGGAGGGCCCUGACAAGGAGAAGCCCGUGAUGCUGCUGAACCACUUCACGUCAAGUUCCGCCCGGCCCACGGCGCAGGUCCUCCCCGUGCAGAACGAGGCGGGCUCCACCCCGUCGGGCCACCACUCACUUCCCCCCCAGAUGAUGACGGCGGCCUCGCACAUCGCACCCAUCCGGAUGCUGAACUCCGUGCACAAGGCGGAAAGGGGGGGCACGGACAUGAAGCUCCUCUCGUCCUCUGUGCACUCGCUGCUGUCCCUCGAGGAGCGCAGUAAAGUCUCUGGACCAAGAAGCAGCAUCAAAGUGGACAAGAGCUUUGGCAAUGCCAUGAUGGACGCGCUCCCCUCGUCCACCCCCCAUCAGCCCAUGCAGGUCCUCUCCGGACUCGCCGAGAGCAGCUCCGUGUCGCCCACUGUCUCCUUUGGUCCCCGCACCAAAGUCGUCCACGCGUCCGCGCUGGACAGGGUGAUGAAGCCGGCGCAGCAGCCGGCCCUGGUGGUGGAAGCCAGCACUGCUGCCGCGGGGACGCCCAGCACCGUCUUCCACGUGGCUCGGCCGCCCAUCAAACUCCUGGUGUCUUCGUCUGUCCCUGCGGAUUCUGCCAUCUCUGGUCAAACCUCCUGUUCUAACAACGUGCAAAUAAGCGUGCCCCCUGCAAUAAUAAACCCCCGGACUGCUCUGUACACAGCCAACACCAAAGCUGCCUUCUCUGCGAUGAGCAGUGUGCCCGUGGGCCCCCUGCAGGGCAGCUUCUGUGCGAACAGCAACACUGCCGCCUCCAGUAGCCACCCUUCCCCAUCCUUCGCAAACAUGGCCACUGUGCCCAGCUGCCCGGCCCCCAGCUCCAGCCCCGCGCUCUCCUCGGUCCCCGAAAGCAGCUUCUACAGCAGCAGCGGCGGCGGCGGCAGCUCCCCCGGGAACCUCCCCGCCUCGGCCCAGAACCACCACCACCACCACCACCAUCAGCAGCAGCCGGCGCCCCCGCAGCCGGCGCCCGCCCCGCCGCCCGGCUGUGUGGUGUGCACGUCGUGCGGCUGCAGCGGGAGCUGCGGCUCGAGCGGCCUGACCGUCAGCUACGCCAGCUACUUCCAGCACCCGUUCUCGGGGCCCUCAGUCUUCCCCUUCCCGUUCCUGCCCUUCAGCCCCGUGUGCGGCAGCGGCUACGUGGGUGCCCAGCAGUAUGGCGGCGGCGCCUUCCCGGUCGUGCACUCGCCCUACGGCGGCGGCGUGGGCCCAGAGCCCGUGCUGGGCGGCCAGUCCGCCUUCACCGUCCCGCCUGUGCAGAACUUCAUGGGGGCGGCGGGCGUCUACCAGGCCCAGGGCUUGGUGGGCAGUAGCAAUGGUUCCAGUCACAAAAAGAGCGGGAACCUCUCGUGUUACAACUGUGGGGCCACCGGUCACCGCGCUCAGGACUGCAAGCAGCCGUCCAUGGACUUCAAUCGGCAAGGUACUUUUAGGUUGAAAUAUGCCCCUCCAGCAGAAAGUCUGGACUCCACAGAUUGAUAUUUUUCUCUGGCAACAGAACACUAUUAAGCCAUGGAGACCUAAGGAAAAUUAAAUACAAAACUGAGAAGUCUAGUUGCUGUUGAGCUUAAUAUUUUUAAUCCAAAGGUGCUUUACUUUACUAGACUGGAUAGAAAACCUAGCGUAGGAAUGCAUCAAACUCAGUUUUAUUGCCAAAAUCCUAGACGGGAGCUUGAUGUCAGGACUGGCCUAGUGGGUAUCUCCACUAUGGGUGAAAACUGGCCACCUCCACCCUUGGUCGCAAUGCAGAGACCUGCCGUCUCCUGAAGAGCAUUGCCAUAAUUGGUCCUUCUAGGCUCACACGUAAUUCCAGGGCAGCUACGUGAGGUUGGAAUCGAGAACUGAAGGUCGGAGUUCUCCAAGUGGAGUUCUACCAGUCGGACUCUUGACACCCCUGGUGAGGGAAAAUGUCGCCUUUGUUUUGUUCUGUUUGUUCUGUUUCGUUCUUAACAGUGGUUAGGCACUAAUCUCUGGGCUUUUUAAGGAUUGCACUACAGAAGAAUGUAAACUGAUGUCAAUCUCUGCAGUUCUGGGAGACAGACUCCCUGAGACCAGUCAGUGCAAGACACUCAGAGAAUCCGUCUUUAUAGAGUCGGCACCAGCAGGCUACAUGACUUAGUACACAACAGAGAUUUUAGUAUUCCUUCCCUCCUUAAAAGCACUUGUAGCAGUUUCAGGUUUUUAUUUUUAUUUCUUCCUGCAAAUACAUUUAAACUACAUUAUUAAAUAGAAAUAGUUACUUGCAACAACUUAAUUUCUAAAAGGGUCCAAGUCCCAGAGAAUCCCUAGCUGUCAAAGCUUUGAGGACACCUUCCUUCCCAGCCCUUCAGAGCUUUGAGUCCUGUCGUCUUCCCCGUGAAGGAACCCUGGCAGACGCGAUAGCAGCAUGGCCUCGUGAGCGGCAUUGACGGGAGGCUGCGUAUCCUUAGCCAAGUUUGCAAGUUAUUUUAUCUCCCAUGGACUUCCCAAGGACCCCAAGGCUCACUGCUAACGGAUUCACACUUGAGACAGACCUUUCAACAAUAAUACAGUCCUACAAUCUCUGAGCAAACGACUGAAAUUUUCUCCUGUCAACUUCUUUUGUAUUAGGCUCUGUAUCAAUAGUUAAUUCCAUUAAAAAAUUACCGGAAAACUACGAUAGAAAGUGGUUAAGACUCUGAAAGAGACUACACCGACAGGACAGAGCUACAAGAUCUGCAGAAGUCUAGUUUUAUCAAGGUGGGAAAUAAAGUCCACCACGCAGCUCUCAAUUUUACCCCACUGCAAUGAGAGCUUUUGUUGUGAAAGUUAGGGACUUAAAGCUUCAUGGCUAAAGGGAAUUUUGUGCUUCAAUAAUACUGUUUUAAAUGCUACAGCCUUCAAUGUUAAAAUACUGAUUGGUAAGGCCUUGCCCAGGGAUUUUCCAGUUGAAUAUUUAAAAGAGAAGAAAAUAAUAAUACUCAGACCAUUCUUAAAAUGGGACAAUCAGCCUCAUGCAAAAUUGGUGUAAAUCAAGAGUACCCUAGAAUUUGAGGCAUUGUGUUGUAAGGCUUCAAAUUUUUGAGAUCAGUUUCCUGACUUCUUGGAAACUAAAGCAGAAAGUUGUUACUUUUUUUAAUGAAAGGCUUUUAGUAGAGUUUUUUAGAGUUUUAUUUUAGUAGAGUUUUAUUUCUAUGCAAUGCAGAAUUGACAGACCUCUGUAUUCUCUCUCUUCUUGGCACACAGUAUUACCUACAGUUUUGAAGUAAUGAUGAUGCUUACAACAGCUUUUUGGGGGAAUGUUACAUUGAUCUCUUAAAUUAUAAACACUACAAAAUGUCAAAAUUGUGAGAACUGACACAACUUUGCCUUAAAGAGUACUAGACUGGAACUUGUCAUAUUAUGUUUAAGGAAGACUUGGAGUGUUCAUUGAUGUUUACGAUUUUAAUAUUUCUGAAGGCCGUUACAGUGGCCUGGAUAUGUGCUGAAAGCCAAACUUUUAAAAUUUUUUGGUUUUUUUUUUAAACAAAGAACUAUUUUAAAUAAAUCCUAUUUCAACACAGUGAAAUUGUUGAAAACCGUCUCAUAACAAAAGAGAAAAAUCAUAUUUAGUUUUUUUUUUUGUUUUAGUCGUCAGUAUUGGGGAAUGAAAGUGUCUGUUGUUACCCUUCUAACUGUUUUGAUAAAUAUUAGAGGUUAGCGUUAAAUACAACAAAAAAUCAGAACAAACUUCAGUUUGAAGUAUGACAUUCAAAUUGAGAGAAAUAGGUUCAGACAUUGUGUGGCUGUGUUCCAGUCAUCAGAAGUCUCAGAGAAACUUCUAGCUGUCUUUGAAAAUGCAUGUGUGGCCACUCAGAGUUGCUAACGGUUAAAUGUAAACACGGGACACACAGGCACAGAGCAUUCAGCUGCCGAACCGUGAGACCUCUUCUCGAGUGAGUGAGUCCCAUACCCGAACUUGGGAAUAUUUGCGAGCAGUAUUCUCUCUGAUGAAAUUUCUCUCCAGAAGCAACCACAGUCAGUGAGCCUAAAGAGCAUUUGGCAUUUCCUCAUCAGCUAGAAACACAGAUCAGACUGACCCUUUCAACUAGUCAUUGAAGUUGUGGGCUCAGUUUCCAAACACUGUGGCCCCAGGUAGGUGUGGCCCCAGCCACUUUGCUCUGUGUAGUCUGUCAUAUUUUAAAGUUUCUAUCCCCAGGAAUGGGGAAAGUGGAAUGUACAGAUUGAAGUAGAUACAACGUUGGGAUAAAACACUAAUCUUUGUUUUGUUUUUUAAAACAGAACACUCGAUUUUCUACCUUAUUUUCUAAUUUUUAUUUUAUGAUAUUGAAAAUUGGAAAGUGUAUAAAUGUUAAAACCUUCUAAUUGCUAAAGAGCACUGAGAAAAUGGGAGCUAGCACUUAGAAUAAUAAAGACAAAACUAUUUUCUUGAAAGCAGGUAUGUGAUUGGAUGUUUUAAAAAACCAGCAUCAUUUAUAAUCUCCAAAAAAUUACACGAGUUCCGCUUGUUAAUAUAGUAGUCAGUAGGUUCAGUAUUUUAAUUUACCAAUUUAGAAUUCUAGGUCCUUUAUCGCAAGAAGUCCCACAUAGUUUAUACUGCACGCUGUAUGGAGGUGCAGAGUGGGUAGUAACUUUGCCUAACGUUACAUGGCUGUAACGCGUUCCCGUCUGAGCACAGGCUGACCGAGGCUUGCAUCUGUCCACUCACUCCAGUGUUGCUAGUGAGCACUUUUCUGAGCGGGAACUGGGUUGCACCCUCCUCGCUCCUUGUCAUUGUCACUCUUCCUGCUUCCGUGAUGGCUUACUAGAUGCCUUGCUAGUUUCACACACUGGUAACUGAUGGUGUUACAUGUCCAAGAGUCUUAAAGGUUGUAAGGGAAACCGUGACCCUGCUCAGAUCGACCACCCAUCCAGUGGAUGGGCCUGUGGAUCCUGAGCGAGGUGGCCGUCCUUUCCAAAGUGCAGAUGACUCCCAAAGAAUGAGGCAGGUGACAUUUACAUCCAUGGGUUCUGAAGAGGCUCAAUUACUGAAAAGUCCGGAGGUUCUGAAUCAAAGUGAGUAUCUUUAAUCAACACUCGCAAACUACGUACUGUGCUGGUUGAGGCCAAAGGUCAAUGUUACUACACUGUUAUUGGAGGGAGGGGAGCGCCGGCCAGUCCAUCCCGGUGCUGUGAGGAGCCCCUCAUGCGUAAAGUUCUUAGAUGCACAAAGACAGGCUUUGGUACUGAAACUGAAGACCUCGUGUACUCAAGAAUCUUCACAGCUUCUAUUGGACAUAUUUCUUUUUAGGAAUGAAGGAAAAUUCUCCCAUUUUUGAGCCAUUCUUUUAUGUCAAUUCUACAAAAUUGCAUGUAACUUUAUAAAUAUUUUUAAAAGAUAUAGUUUUGUAAAUAUUUAAUAUUCUGCUAAUUUGAUUUUGAAUUGUAAAUGUCAAGUAUUCUGUUUUUGGGGUUUUUAUGUUUUAUUAUACUUUGUUAAAAAGGAAAAAUUGUACAUUUUUAGAAUGUUUUUAUGAGUAAAUUUAAUGUACUGAAAAUAAAAAUUAAAAAAAAAAAAAGGUUCUUUUUAUUAGGUCUUUGUCUCAUAGAAUACGAGGCACAUAUCCUUUCCAAUCGCGAUUCUUGAUUUCCAAGCUAGGGAGUCUGUUCUUUCCGCCGCCUUCUCAGUGUUAAAAAAAGGGAUACCUGGUCUUAAAUCCACUGUCUAGUUUCCUGGGUUUUUAAAAAGUGUUCUAUGAAUAGAAAUGUGAAUUGAUUUGGGAUUGGUUUUAAGGUGUUCCAACUCCCAGUUCUAUAAUCAGGGUCAGCAUUACUAGAUCAACUGUCCUUCGGAUGUUUCCAAACUCAUGGUGAGUGUGCCCUGGCAUCUGUGGCCAUGUCCUCUCUGGACUCGGGAUGGUGGCAGGCUAACAAGCAUGUGUUUGCCCUGGUCCGUGGUGCUACCCUGAGCAGUGCAGGCCACAGAGAGAGAAUUCAGGGACUUUCUCCCUAGCAGGAAAUCUCCAGUUUGGCUUGGUCUUCUCCGACUUGUGGAUACCCGGAGAAAAACACGUGCAUAUGCAUGGUUCCGGGACUGGUCAGGGUUCCUGUCAGGUAAAUAGCAUCAGGAGACACAGCUGGCCACUCCUGGGACCUGCUAGGUUGCAGCCCCUCAGGGAAGGCCUUCCUCUGGUCACACCCAGGGCCUCCGAGGAUGGAGAUCACGUGCACACCUGCUGUUUACUGUAUACAGCUCCCAACCCGGCCACGUUAGGUACCAUGUACUACCACCACGUAAUGCCUUCCAGACCACACCCCACACACAGUCAGUACUUUGUGUGUUGUACUUUAGUUCAUCUAGAGCAGGUUUUCAAGUGCUUAUUCCCACAAAACACCUACCCCCCGACCCGUCCCCCCCCCACACUUUGUGGCACAUCUGUAAUUUUAAGAGAAUUGAGUUUUUUGAAGGCAGGACACUUUGACCAACGUGAGCAAGGUGGAGCAAGGUCUCUUGUUCCUAAGGCAGAGACCUUCAGAGGUGGGUGUCCCUACACCCACAGUGAGGCCAGCCUCAACAUUCCUCACUGGGAAGGGUAUUAUACACUUGGCUUUGGAUAGUACAGAUGCAAGUCUCAAAUACUAAGCCAUUAACUUGAACUUUGAUGAGUUUUUAGUUGUGCCUUUAUUCACCUUAGUUCAUUAAAAAUGUUUUAAAGAUCCUAUAAAUAGAGUGACCACCCAUUAAUGUGGGAUAUAAGUUAAGUCAGCCCUCUCAGCACGGUAUUUUUGUCUUUAAAAAGCAGAGUUUCUUGUAGGAAUCUUAUUGAUCACACAGUAGUUACAAUAAUGUCAGAUAUAAUCAUGUAUACAAUCUAAACAAGACAGGCUAAUUAAGAAUGUACAUAAUGUAAAAAUAUACAUAUUAAAAGUUACAUGUGGACAGGUGCAUGCAGCAGGAAGAGCAGAUUGGGGCUGAGUGCCCGUAUGCAGUAAUAUUGCUUUUUCUUCCUCAAUUACAGUAAAUAACUGCCACUAACAGAUACAGGUUUUCCACACACAUCUAGAUACACAAGGAUGAAUGGUGACCUGCUACGUGUACAGUCUCAAGUGGGUCUGUGAUCCUUCUGUGGUAGCUCUCACAAAAAAUAGUACAUAGUGAACUCCAUGCAGGUAGUAGGAAGCACUCGUUAUUUAUUCUAGUUGGACUUCAAAAAUGUUUAACGUUUGACAAUAUCUGUGAAGAACGUUUGCUUUUGCCAUUUUCAAAAUUGACAUGCACAUGGAGCGGGAGUACUUUGAUGACUGCCUGACCUAACAGUGAUAACUGAAAUACUCUUAAAAAUGUUUUAAUAACGUAUUUUAGUCACAACACAACAUAAAACAUGGAUCAUCUACAGCUACAAGCCAAAAGGCAGAAGUGUAUCUGAAUUUUGUUUGCUUUUAGUUUCAGUAUCCUGCAGUUUUCUACCUUUGUCCCAAAGAAUGAAACCCAUGUAACUGCUUGUUUAUUUACCAAAGCAGGCACCAUUUUGAGCUCUUAAGAGAAUAUU